UGUAAAUUCACUUACAAGUACUGGUAUAGUUAGGGUUCUGGGACGUUUCAAGAAAGCUUAAAUCUGUACAGGCUUGGCGAAACCACCGCGGGGUAAUUCAGUGACGUUGCAUCAGCUUCUGAUCUGGAUGACAACUGCAUGCCGAUACCAUUCCCCUCCUUCAACCGCGUCUUAACUUUGAACCCUCCAUUCCCUCCGCUAAAUACGGCAAUCGGGGUCAUAAGAAACCGCCGCCAUGGUCCUUCAAGUACCAUUAUUUCGACUCCAGUGCGGCGUCAAUAGCUAUGACUGGGGAAAAGUAGGAAAAGACUCUGCCGCAGCCAAAUUCGCAGCUGCCACACCUGCAGAUGAUUUCUCAAUUCAAGAAGACAAGCCCUAUGCAGAGGUAUCUCGAAACAUCCCAAAAGCUUCACUUCCGUACGUGGCUCACCGCAAUAGCUGUGGAUGGGCACACAUCCCUCGAAUCCCUCGAAAGACCUCACAACGCAACGAACCCUCCUUGGUCUCGUACAAGAGAACCAAGCCUUGAUGUCCAUCGAAAUCAACGAGAAAUACGAGAACAAAUUACCUUUCCUCUUCAAGGUCCUGUCGAUUGGGAAGGCGCUGAGCAUACAAGCACAUCCCAAUAAACAGCUGGCUGAACAAUUACACAAGAGAGAUGGCAAGAAUUAUCCGGAUGAUAAUCAUAAACCGGAGAUGACUAUUGCGAUUACUGCAUUUGAUGGAUUCUGUGGCUUCAGACCUCUGGCCGAGAUCUCGCAUUUCUUGUCUGCGGUUCCAGCGUUGAAACAGCUUGUUGGGGAGUCCGAGGCAAAGGAAUUUCAAUCAACUGUCCAAGGACAAGAAACCACAGACAACAAGAACGAAGAAGAAGAAAACAAGAAGGCUUUACAGAAAGUCUUCGGUUCAUUGAUGACCUCGGAUAAGGAGGACAUCGAAAGUGCCAGUAAAGAUCUGGUAGAGUCAGCACAAAAGGAAGGAUCAGAAUUUGCCGGUGGCGGGGGUCCGACCAAUAGCGGGCAAGAGCUUGCAGACUUGGUUGUAAGACUGAAUAAGGAAUUUCCAGGAGAUAUCGGAUUGUUUGUCCUAUUCUUCCUCAAUUAUGUCAAACUUGACGUUGGAGAGGCAAUGUUUCUCAAGGCUGAUGAUAUCCACGCAUAUCUGAGUGGAGAUAUUAUUGAGUGUAUGGCUGCAUCAGAUAAUGUCGUUCGUGCUGGAUUCACACCCAAGUUCAAAGAUGUGGAUACCUUGGUUACCAUGUUGACCUACAACUAUGCUCCUAUUGAGGAGCAGAAGAUGGAGCCUGUCGAUUAUCCAUAUGUCACUUUGAAUCGCGUGGCAUAUUCUUCAGGAUCAGGAGCGAUUCUGUAUGAUCCCCCAAUUGAGGAGUUUAGUGUUGUCAAGACGGACCUGAAAAAGAAGGGUGCAAAGGCCACUUUCGAACCCAUUGCAGGUCCUAGCAUAUUCAUCUGUACAACAGGAAGCGGGAAAAUUAGCGUGGGGCCUAAGGUAGAGGAAGUGAAGGCUGGGUAUGUCUACUUUGCAGGCGCCACUGCAGAAGUAAUUUUGGAGAGUGACGGAGAUGAAGAAUUCACAACCUUCAAGGCGUUUUGUGAAUUACAAGGGAAAGAAGACGCCAAGGAGAAGUUGUGAAAUGAUUUAUGGCUAGAGAGAGAUGGUUGACCCGACAGUACA